ACUGUGGCCCCGCCCGCUGGUACCAACUUUUCCACGAUGAAUGAAUAUCCGCUGAACGCAUGUUGUGAUGCCUUCGGCCAGUGCGGAACUACUGAAGAGUUCUGUACUAAUACGAAUACUGGAGUCCCGGGCUCACGCGCACCGGGUACCAAUGGCUGUAUCUCCAACUGCGGCACAGAUGUGGUCAUUGGCGCGAAGCCCUCGACUUAUAUGAAGUUUGGUUUCUACGAGGGCUACAACUUGGGACGCCCAUGUCUAUAUCAGACCCCAGGUCAGAUUGACACCUCCAAUUAUACGCACUUGGGAUAUUCGUUCGGCACGCUCUCCACCGACUAUGAAGUUCAGAUUGGCGACCCCCUGUCCAUGUAUACAUGGGAUGAGUUCCUGCGCUUGGAAGGGCCGUCCAAGAUUCUUGUCAUUGGACGCUGGGCAUUUUCCACCGACACGGAUACUUACAACAUCUUUCGUCAAGGAGUCACCGCUGAGAAUCGUCAGACUAUGGCCAACAACAUCGCCACAUUCGUAAAGAACAGCAACGUUGAUGGCGUUUGCAUCGAUUGGGAGUACCCUGGAGCGCCCGAUAUUCCUGGCAUACCUCCAGACAGCCCGGAUAGCGGAAUGAACUACUUGGAGUUCCUUAAAUUGCUGAGGACUGCACUUCCGAGUAACUCCCAGCUCUCCGUUGCAAUGCCAGCCUCCUACUGGUACUUGAAGAAUUUCCCUGUCAGCGACAUGUCGGGAGUGCUUGACUAUGCCAUUUUCAUGACAUAUGACCUGCACAGCACGUGGGACGGGGGCAACCAAUAUUCUCAAGAGCGCUGCUCUACCGGCGACUGUCUUCGUAGUGAUGUUAAUCUCACAGAGACGAUCAACUCCCUGGCGAUGGUUACGAAAGCCGGACUGCCGUCCACCAAAGUGGUCGUUGGUACAACUAGCUAUGGACGAUCUUUCAAGAUGGCUCGAGCUGGCUGCGACGGGCCAGAUUGCAUGUGGGUAGGCUCAGCUGGGCAGUCUGAAGCUGAACCAGGCCCAUGUACUCAGACGGCAGGCUAUCUUGCAAACGCCGAUAUCGAAGCGAUCAUCAACAACGCCAGCCGGGUGACCAAGCAAUAUCUCGAUUCGACAAGUGACUCGACCAUCCUUGUCUACGACGAUGUGCAGUGGGUUGCGUACGAAUCAGACAGCCUACGCGACACUCGUGCGACCCUUUAUCAAGGCAUCAACAUGGGCGGUGUUUGUGACUGGGCAAUCGAUCUGCAGACAUGCAACGAGCCACCAAGUCGCUCGAAUUCAUGGGCAGAGUUCAUUUCUGCUGUCAACGUCGGAUCAGAUCCGGCGGACGUCGGAAAUCGUACGGGCAAUUGGACUACACUCACCUGUACCGACGACGCGGUAACCAACAUUCGAGGCUUGACGCCACAAGAACGCUGGGAUGAACUCGACUGCAAGGACGCAUGGACGGAUGUGAUCUCGGUAUGGCAGAACAUUGACCAAGGCCACGAUAGCUUGAGCUUCACCGAAUCUAUCUCCGACACGCUACAUGGCCCAGAGAAUGCCAAUUGCAGCCAGGCUGGGCCUUUGAGUAACUGUGAGCAGACCCAACAGUGUUCCGACUUUGUUGGUGAAGGCACCGGCCCUGCGGGCUACGAGAUUUGGAAUUCCAUGAUGUACACGAGCUUCAUCGAUGCCAUUACAGGAUUCGCAGCACUUUCGAUAGACAGCUCGCUGUCCAGCUUCGAGGAUACGUUCGCGCCGGUGCCGCCACCUCCUAGCGACGAGGUUGCCCAACUCAUCAUUGCUUUUGUCACCCUAGGGGCCUCCGCGAUCGCUGCACCAUUCUUUAAUUCCAGCAAGUCAAUCUUCAAGUCAUUGCCAUAUUUUGCAGCAAAUCCCAACAUAUUGGGCAUUGACAAAGAUCUCACGAGUGCGUUAAUCACCUUCGGAUCUAAUGUUGCAAAGGAUGUCAUUACAGGUGGCCCAGGAAGUGCUUGGACGGUGGAAGAUCAAGACUCAUUUUCCGCUUACUUGGGUCAGAUCGUAUUUGGCUGCAGCAACGCUACUACAUACACUCUCGCAGGCCUGUUCAACGGUUCUGAUGCCGGUAUUACUACACUUUCAACAGCCAUAGCCGACAGCCAUUUCAUCGAAGGAAAUACAGGAACACCACAGACGUCGACGCUCAGCUCGGAAACGAUAUCUGACCUGGAAGCGGCUAUGACUAGGGUGUUCUAUGGCUUUGCUAUUCCAUUAGCGUGGUCCGCAACAAACAAAGGAGUCAUUGUCAUGGAUACGGGAUACACCUGCGAUCAGGCACCUCUUAGCGCUGAUACCCUGUUAGAACUCAAUCUUGAUACAGCAGACGGCACUCAGGCUUCUAGUUGCUAUAACAAUGAGAUCUACUAUCUUGUCUACUAUGACACAAUGGACCUGCAAGGCGAGUCUGGCGAUCCCCCGGAUGAUACAUUCGAACCAGCUCCAGGCUCGUCAGACCUAGAUGGAACAAUAUGGGGGACCGUCACAGUAGACGACAUUGUCAAAGGAGCCGUUCGAACUUAUCAACAAAAUGGCAACGAGAAUGGAGGGGCGGUCGCGGAUCCUACGCACCCUGGCACCCUUGCAGAUCUGCAGAAUGUAGACAUCACCACACCCGGCUUUAUACGGAUUCCAGUCUGCAGCUCCGGCGAAGCUCAAAAUGCUGUGAGUCCUCAUUACUCGAACCGAAUCAACGCCAGUGAUCCGAACAAUCCGUGUGUCCCUUUGCAGGGCGUCACAGAAUGUGAAAGCUUUACCUACACCAGCGAGACUAGUUCCGCCUCUGCCCUGGUCUCUGAUUGCCAGGACAUCAUCAACAAUAUCCAACAGACAACGAGGCUAUGGAAUGCAACGCUGAACAUAUACAUAGCUAGCUAA